AUGAAUAGGCUACUCCAAAAAACGAGUUCAUCUGGUCUAUUAAAGUCAGUGUCAGCAUCAAGAAAUCCGCUGUCGAAUUGCUUCUUAAUCAACGUUCAUCGGUGUAUCGGACGACCUAAGACUGAAGUUCAAGGACCAAGACCGAGACUAUUUGCAACUUGUUGCAUCUCGAACCAACAACACAGAAACCAGGAACAUCUGACCAAAAGCGAUUUCCGUUCCGAAAAGACAUCCCUUAACAUGGCCUCUCAAAAGCCAGUCCUAAUAGCCGGCGCAGGCCCCACGGGUCUAAUGGCUGCCCUCUGGCUAACUAAUUUGGGGACCCCGUUCCGAAUCGUCGACAAACACGCUUUAGCCGCGGACACAUCACGAGCAACUGUAGUCCACGCCCGAACACUUGAAUACUAUCGCAUGCUCGGACUCUCAGAACGGGCCGUAUCUGAAGGACGAGUCGUCAAAAAUAUGGCAUUCUUUGGGAACUUGAAAGAAAUCGUACGGCGCGAAUUUAAUAGUAUCGGCCGUGGGAAAUCAAAGUUCCCUUUUGUACUUGCAUAUCCGCAGGACCUAAACGAACGGAUGUUAAUUAAAGAAUUGGAAAAAAGAGGAGUAAAUGUUGAAAGGGACGUUGAAGUCACAAGCCUAUCACAGAAUGAUGAAUAUGCAACUGUGACAUUGAAGAAUAAACAAGGGGAAGAAGAAAAAUUCGAGGCAUCCUAUGUACUCGGAUGCGAUGGAGGGCAUUCAGUUGUCAGGGCUCAUACCAAUAUCAAGAGUACACCAGGGGCUUAUGCUCAAAGAUUUUUUGUGGCAGACGUUGAAGGAGAGGUGUCUGUUGGACUAGAAAAUGUCAACAUCUGCUUCAACGCCAACGACUUUUGUUUGCUCUUCGCAAUGCCUAACGGGAGAAUCAGGCUUGCGGGAUGGGCCCCAGAGGAGUCGGUUAAUCGGGAAUUUAGUUUCUCAGAUGUGGAAGAAUCCGUGAAAAAGAAUACUGGGGCAGUAGUCAGCAAAGUUCACUGGUUCUCCACAUAUACGGUCUAUCACGGAGUGGCUGAAACGUUCAGAGAUCGAAGGGUGUUUAUUUGUGGAGACGCAGCUCACGUUCACAGCCCUGUCGGCGGACAAGGCAUGAACACCGGUCUCGGGGAUGCUACUAACAUAUCAUGGAAGAUCGCUGCCGUACUAGCAGGAAAAGCCAACCCUGACAUCCUAGACACAUACCAGAGCGAGCGACGGCCUUUUGCCGAGCGCCUUGUGAACACCACGGAUAAAUCCUUUUCCAUUGCUACCGACAGAGGCUUUACUGGGUGGGUAUGGCGUACUUUGGUCAUGGGAAAUGUUGCUCCUCUGAUCUUCCGUCUCGGGUUACUCGACAAUACGUUGUUUGAAACAAUUUCACAGAUAAGAAUAGAGUACAGGGAUAGUGCCAUAAGCAACGGUAACCAUAUCUCCAACCUAUACGCCGGAGAUCGGCUUCCUUGGGUUAGUUUCGACGAUACCGGAGUAGACAACUUUGAUCCGCUAGGUGGUCUAAAUUGGCAAAUCCACGUUUAUGGUGACUUGAGCGACAAUGUUAAGGUGUUUGGUCAAGAGAGGGGCCUUAAAAUUAGCAACUUUCCUUACAAUAAUGAAGUGAAAGCGAAAGGAAUAUCUAAGGAUUGUGUUAUAUUAGUACGUCCGGACGGGUACAUUGGACAGCUUGUUGAAGGAUCUUCAAGCGACCACAUCGAUAGAUUACGAGUAUUCAUGGAUAAGUGGGGAAUCAAAGCAUUUUAA